AUACUAUAAAGCCGAAUGGACCUUUGCCAGUGAAACACACAGCCAAGCUAACAAGACAGCAUACUCAACACCAACAUUAUUCUAUUGCUCAAACGAAGGGAGCUCUGUGAAAACGAAUUCCAAAGCAGACGGCCCUCCAUUAUCACAACAAAGAGGCUAGCAAAACAGGGGAAGAUCAACCAACGAAAAUGUCUACUAGUAUUCCAGUGAUUGAUCUACAAGAAAUUUCAUCAGAACCCCCAAAAUUGGUCCAAGCAUGUGAUGAAUGGGGAUGUUUUCGGAUCAUCAAUCACCAAAUACCCACAACUUUAAUGGCGGAAAUGAAGUCGGUGGUGAGAUCUCUACUUGAUCUUCCUAUGGAAAUCAAGCGGAGGAACAGGGAAGUGAUAGCCGGAAGUGGGUACGUAGCACCCAGCAAGGGCAACCCUCUUUAUGAGGGUUUGGGUCUUUAUGAUCUAGGCUCAAUUGAAGCUGUUCAUGAUUUUUGUACUCAACUUGAUGCCUCUCCCUAUCAAAGGGAGACAAUAACAAGGUAUUCUCAAUCUGUGCACGAUCUGGCCAUGGAAAUUGGCAGUAAGUUGGCCAAGAGCAUGGGUUUGGACAAGGAUUUGUUCAUGGGAUGGCCUUGCCAAUUCAGAAUAAACAAGUACAGCUUCACUACAGAAACCAUAGGGUCAUCUGGGGUGCAAAUUCAUACGGACUCUGGAUUUCUUACCAUAUUACAGGAUGAUGAAAAUGUCGGGGGCCUUGAGGUGAUGGACAAGAGGUCUGGGGCAUUUGUAGCUGUCGAUCCCUUGCCAGGCACCCUUCUUGUCAAUCUUGGAGACAUUGCUACGGUGUGGAGCAAUGGAAGAUUUUACAAUGUGAAGCACAGAGUGCAAUGCAAGGAAGCAAGAAUACGAAUAUCAAUUGCGCUGUUUGUGUUAGGACCUAAGGAGGAAGCAGUGGAAGCACCACCGGAAUUGGUGGAUUCUGAGGACCGUCGCCUCUAUGUUCCUGUAUUGUUUGAAGACUACAGAAAGCUCAGACUCUCCACCAGAUUGCGAGCUGGUGAAGCUCUGUCCCUCUUGCAUACUACCAACUCCUGAAGAAUUUGGAACGGUGGUUGGACAAAACUAGAAAAACAAAAUGUGAUUGGAUCAUCCAUUAAUUAAUUAU